AUGCGAGUGAACAUCAUCAUCUUCUCCCUAGUGGCGUUCCUGGUGAAGGGACACAUAGCAAAGCCUGAUGACAAUAAAAGCUUUUCAAAGCUUUUCGGCGCAGAGUUGGUGAACAAUUACGAGAAAUUGUUUAAAGUGAUAAAAUGCCAGUACUGUUUGACUCAGAAAAAGGGAGCACAAGAUGAAAAGUGCAAAAAUAUAAUGAAGGAGUGCAAACAUCUGUUGAAGGAUGGAAACUACAUGACCGUGUUGAAAGAUUUAAAGAAUGACUUGAAGAUGGGAAAGGACGACUACCUGUAUGGACCCGACACAAACGAGUUGAAGAAAAUUAUGAACUUCUUGGAGUUUCAUAAACAAGAAAUCGACCAAUUAAAGGACAUGAUUGACAAUAUAAAGGAUAAUAAAGCCAUUUUGUUAAUCAAUGGAGGAAACAAUUCAGUCGUUCACAAAUUGAACAAAAAAAUGAAGUCACUAAAGAACAGCGUUGAGUACAUACAAAAGAGCCAAGACGUGAUAACUGAACAGCUAAGUAAGGAUGACGAUCAGAUCAGUCCUGUCGUAACGGAUAUGUUUCAUUUAAAAACAACACCAAAUAAGAAUACCAAUGAACUUAUCCAACUAGGAAACGUAACAGACAAUAAUGAAGGAAAUAAAUAUGAAUUAGGGGGUGUAGGUGUUGAUGAAUUUGUAAAAAACAGCAUGAAGGAUUUAUUUAAAGAUGGCGAAGGAUUUAUGGACUUUGUAAAGAGCGCCCUAAUCCAAGAAGGAGGAGGAAUCGGUGGAGAGCUAGUUAGCCUCAUAGAAAAGGGAAAAGAAAUUGGAGAAAAAAUUGUCGACAUUGAAGGAAUGAUAACGAAGAAGAAUGGCACUACCAACAAGGAUGGAACCACCAUCGAAAAGUUGGAUCACUUGAAAAUGGAAUUGUCCUCAUAUGAAUUCGUUCUAACCAAUCUUAAGGGAGUCGUCAUGGGUAAACUUAAGGACAUAUUGCUACGACUCUUGUACAAGACCUACAUAAACUACAGGAUUAAGAAGGCAAAAGAGUUGGGAGAGGAAGCCCCAAUAGAGGUGGAAGAGGAGCACUACCUCAGUGAACUCAAAAAAGGAAUCCUUGAAUUAGGAGUGAAAAUAUUCUUCAACAAGGUACGAAAUUUACUGACCUUCGUAAAGAAGAAGAUGUUCCCGAAGAAGUAUGGAAUUAAGCAGGACAAGACGAAGAUGGAGAACGGACAGAAAGAUUCCAAAGAGGUCACGCCUACAAAUGCUAAACUCACUUCCCCGAUGUUGAGAGGUUCUGUACCCGCGGAAAACAUCAGUCUCAUGGCCAGCAUAGACGGCAUCAUUGAAGAAAUUGAUUUUUACGAGAAGGAAAUAUAUCACAAUCCACAGACGGCCGGAGUCACACACAAGCACCACAAAGGCGGAGUCACACACAGGCACCACAAAGGCGGAGUCACACACAAGCACCACAAAGGCGGAGUCACGCACAAGCACCACAAAGGCGGAGUCACGCAAAAUCCACAGAAACCCGGAAGUAUAAAGAGGCGCCACACAGGGGUAGGACCAAAAGUACAAGCAAUGGAUGAAGACCCGUUAAUGGAUAUAUUAGACGCGGAUGGAGACCUCUUAAACCUCCUGGAGGAAGUGGUCGAAUCAAUUACGGAUAUGAACAAGAAAAAUGAGGACACGCAAGGUGAUAAGGGUGCAACCGAAGAUACACAGGGCGAUAAGG